UUAGUGUGCCCCCUUACAUUAGGUGUCGCUAUCAGAGUGCAACUUUACAUCAUUUGUGCCCAUCACAGUGACCCUUUACAUCAUGUAUUCCCAUCACAUUGCCACCUUACAUCAGGUAUUCCCGUCAGAGUGCCCCCUUACACUCAAAGUACCCCUUUCUAUCAUAUUUCCCCAUAAGAGUGUCCCUUUACAUGAUAUUCCCCAUCAGAGUGCCCCUUUCCAUCAUGUGCCCAUCAGAGUGCCCCUUUCCACAGUAUGUGCCCCCUUAACA